ACUUUUUUUGCUUUCUAAUUCAAAUUUUGAAAUGUCAAAAAAAAUUUUCAUUUUGACAUUUCCACAUUGGAAUGUUUCUUUCCAUGAAAACUUUUCAUAUUUUGACUUUUUAUUUAGUUUCAGCAAGAAAACAAACAUCAAACUAUUGGAUUUUCUGUUGGGAUGGGAAUUCUGGUUUUUAAACAGCUGUAGUUGGGGCAGUUUUCUGUUCAUUCAGUAAACCCUCUGAUUUUUUCAAGAAUCUGUAAAUGAGUCUGAACAAACAUUUAAAAAUAAUCCACUAUUUCCUGCCCUGUCUGUGCAUCUUUGUUACAGUCUUUUGGGAAUAGAUCUCAGGCUUUGUGUGGAAGAAUCAGGAGAAUUGGUGGAAACCGAACUGGUUGAGGCUAGAACUCUUCAGUUCCCUUUCACAGGUGGGAUGGAUUACAGAGUGCCGGGGGCAGUUAGCAAUGGAGAGACGAUACCUGCUCAUCCAGGCAUGGAAAAGCAGAAGGAAGAAGAGAAUCAAACACUGGAACGAGGCCAUUGGAACAACAAGCUGGAAUAUGUGCUAUCCGUGGCUGGGGAGAUUAUUGGCCUGGGUAAUGUCUGGAGGUUCCCCUACCUCUGUUACAAGAAUGGUGGAGGUGCUUUCUUUAUCCCCUACCUCAUCUUCCUCUUCACCUGUGGGAUCCCAGUGUUCCUCCUGGAGACUGCGCUAGGGCAGUACACCAGCCAGGGAGGGGUCACUGCCUGGCGGAAGCUCUGCCCUCUCUUUGAAGGAAUUGGUUAUGCUUCCCAGGUGAUCGUCGUACUCCUGAAUUUCUAUUACGUUAUUGUCCUGGCUUGGGCCUUGUUUUACCUCUUCAGUUCGUUCACCAUAGACCUUCCCUGGGGCAGCUGUGACCACGAGUGGAACACAGAGAACUGCGUGGAAUUCCAGAAGGCAAACGCCUCUCUAAACGUGACGACCGAAAACGCCACCUCCCCUGUCAUCGAGUUCUGGGAAAGGAGAGUGUUGAAGAUUUCCACUGGCAUAGAGCACUUGGGGAGCCUGCGCUGGGAGCUGUCUCUCUGCCUCCUGCUCGCCUGGGUCAUCUGCUACUUCUGCAUCUGGAAAGGAGUCAAGUCCACAGGCAAGGUGGUGUAUUUCACUGCCACGUUCCCAUACCUCAUGCUGGUAGUUCUGCUGAUCAGGGGAAUCUCUCUGCCAGGGGCGAUGCAGGGAGUCCUGUUCUACCUUUACCCAGACCUCACUCGUCUCAUGGAUCCUCAGGUGUGGAUGGAUGCAGGCACGCAGAUCUUCUUCUCUUAUGCCAUUUGCCUGGGGUGCCUGACAGCCUUGGGUAGCUACAACAAGUACCACAACAACUGUUACAGGGACUGCAUUGCGCUGUGUUUUUUGAACAGUGGUACAAGUUUUGUGGCUGGCUUUGCAAUCUUUUCCAUCUUGGGCUUUAUGGCGCAGGAACAAGGCGUGCCUAUUUCUGAGGUAGCUGAGUCAGGGCCUGGCCUGGCAUUUAUCGCAUACCCUCGAGCUGUUGUCAUGCUGCCUUUCUCCCCACUCUGGGCCUGCUGCUUCUUCCUGAUGGUUGUUCUGCUGGGACUGGACAGCCAGUUCGUCUGUGUGGAGAGCCUGGUGACAGCUGUUGUUGACAUGUACCCCACCAUCUUCCGGAAGCAAAACCGCCGUGAGACCCUCAUCUUGCUUGUCUCCAUCCUCUCCUACCUUGUAGGACUAGUCAUGCUCACAGAGGGUGGGAUGUACAUCUUCCAGCUCUUCGAUUACUAUGCUGCCAGCGGCAUGUGCCUGCUCUUCGUUGCCAUCUUUGAAACACUUUGUAUUGCCUGGGUGUAUGGUGCUGAUCGUUUCUAUGAUAACAUUGAAGACAUGAUUGGUUACAGGCCAUGGCCUAUUAUCAAAUACUGUUGGCUCUUCAUCACGCCAGCUGUCUGCAUGGCUACCUUCCUGUUUUCUCUGAUUAAAUAUACCCCUCUGACCUACAACAAGAAGUACGUGUACCCCUGGUGGGGAGACACCCUGGGCUGGCUGCUGGCCCUCUCAUCUAUGGUCUGCAUCCCUCUCUGGAUUGUCUACAAACUCUCCAUGAUCAAGGGCUCCCUGAGAGAGAGAUUCCGCCAGUUGGUCUGCCCAGAUGAGGAUUUACCUUUCAGUCUGCGUGCGGGGCAGCCCCUUCCUUCCACCAGACCUGGCCUCCUGAUGCUGACAGAGCUAGAGUCCCAUUGUUAGGGCCACCGUGGCCCCCCGGAUUGUUUGAUACAUCCCUUCUAACUGUCGGAUGACUCAAGGAUACUCCACUUGCUGAGGGGAGCAGGACUUGUGAGCUGAUCUCUCUUCCGCUGGAGGAUUUGAUGGGCUCAGCAGGGGCUGCCAUAGAAGGGUCUCCAGGGACAGUGUGGAGUCAGCGAUGCACCUUAAUUGUCUCCUGGGGAGCACACACAGGAGCUGAUUCAAACAGCUGAGAGUCCCCAGCGCUCCAGUGGGUGGGACAGGAGAGACUCAGCCCUGGAGUGGAGACGGUCAAAGGGUCACAGAGGCUAUUCUCCGACAUGGACUUUGAGGACCUCUCCAUUCAUUCCAUUAAAUCCUUUAUCUUAUCAGUCCUGAGUGGAUCUGCCUCA